AUGGCCGAACGAGAACUCCAAGACCUCCAGCGCAAGCUGAAAUCGACCCGCUCCUACAAGGAGCAGCAGCCCCUCCUCUCUGCCGCGAAGCUCUCCCUCCUCAAGCUCAAAGCCCUCACUCCGCUGCCCACAACACCUAGCUCCGUCCUCGCCCUCGCGCGCGACGUCUUCGAGAGCGGCGCCCUGCUAUCAAUUCGCGCCAAGGACCCCGCGGCCUUCACCCGCUAUGUGCACCAGCUGACGCCGUUCUACGAGCUGCCCGAAGAGCGGCUGCAGCCCAGCAGCGAGAAGAACAAGAUCACCGGCUUGUACCUACUGCUGCUGCUCACGCAGGGCGACUAUGCGGCCUUUCACACGGAGCUGGAGGGGCUGGAGUUGAGAGGGGGAAUGGCUGGUGUGGAUUGCGAACAUGAUCGCUUUCUGGGAUACCCGAUCAAGCUAGAGAGGUGGCUGCAGGAGGGCAGCUUCGACCUGGUGUGGAAGGCGAUGGCUAGCAGAGAGGUACCCAGCGAGGAGUACGGUGUAUUCAGCGAGAUCCUCACAACCCACAUCCGCGACGAGAUCGCCACCUGCAGCGAGACGGCCUACCCAUCCCUCCCAAUAUCCUCGACCAAGAAUCUUCUCUUCCUUGACAGCGAGGGCGCAGUCGUCGAUUUCGCACACGGCCGGGGCUGGAUUGUCAGGGACGGCCGCAUCUUCUUUCCAAGUCAGAGCCUCAAAGGCGGUGUCGACGAUCUGGGCAACGAAAAGGAGACCAGCCAGCUGGCCAUCGAGAAUACGCUGGGCUAUGCAAGGGAGCUGGAGACGAUUGUAUGA